UAUUCACUACCGCAGAACGCAGUCACAUUUUUUUUGGCACAUCUCUAGCCACUCUUCUUCUUUCCUUUUCCUUUUGUUGCGUUUCCGGAAAGUAACCGAUUGAAUUGUCGGAACCAUGGUAAACGGCCGCAUACCUUCGGUCUUCUCGAAGACCUACGUGACUCCCCGCCGCCCUUAUGAGAAGGCGCGUCUGGACCAGGAGUUAAAGAUCAUCGGCGAGUAUGGUCUCCGCAACAAGCGUGAGGUGUGGCGUGUCAAAUAUGCCCUGGCCAAGAUCCGUAAGGCCGCCCGUGAGCUUUUGACCCUCGACGAAAAGGACGAGAAACGUCUGUUCCAGGGUAACGCCCUGCUGCGACGUCUGGUCCGUAUCGGAGUCUUGGACGAGUCUCGCAUGAAGCUCGAUUACGUGCUGGGUCUGAAGAUCGAGGACUUCUUGGAGCGCCGUCUGCAAACUCAGGUGUUCAAGUUGGGAUUGGCCAAGUCGAUUCAUCACGCCCGUGUCCUGAUCCGACAGCGUCACAUUCGUGUGCGCAAGCAGGUGGUGAACAUCCCUUCGUUCGUAGUGCGUCUGGACUCCCAGAAGCACAUCGACUUUUCCCUGAAGUCGCCCUUCGGCGGCGGCCGUCCGGGCCGCGUCAAGAGGAAGAAUCUGAAGAAGAACCAGGGCGGUGGCGGUGGAGCUGCUGAAGAGGAGGAGGAUUAAGCAGUGACAGCCAGCUGCAGCCAGAAAAAUACAUGGCUCAGACUUUUAAUAAAAAUAUGCUUGUUUUACACAAACAAAUGUAAAA